AUGUCUGAUUCGGAGAGACAGCCUGCAUCGGAGCAGACACCUCUUCUCCGCGAUGUAUCGGAGAGCAAUGCGCAGGAUACCCCGCUACCAGAAGAGCAUAGCACAAAGGAGCUGAUCUGGAUCCUGGGUAGCAUCUGGCUGGGUGUAUUCUUAGCAGCGCUAGACACAACAAUUGUAGCCACGCUGUCCGCGCCUAUCUCGUCUUCCUUCAAUUCCUUUUCGCUGCUCUCGUGGCUGGCUACCUCUUAUCUGAUCUCCAAUGCCGCUUGCCAACCCCUCAGCGGAAGACUAACUGAUAUUUACUCCCGUCGCUGGGGAUUGGUCUUCUCCAAUGUAUUUUUCGCCCUUGGAAACCUGAUCUGUGGCCUGGCGAGAGCUCAAUGGGUGAUCAUCCUUGGUCGCGUCGUGGCGGGAGUCGGCGGAGGUGGUCUUACAGCCAUCUCAACCUUUGUCACGUCGGACUUGAUCCCUCUUCGCAAACGCGGUAUCUGGCAGGGUAUUGGAAAUAUAUGCUACGGUGCUGGAAUGGGACUUGGAGGUGUUUUCGGUGGCUGGAUCAAUGACACACUGGGAUGGAGAUGGGCAUUCUUGCUUCAGGUCCCUUUCUUGGUAAUCUCCUGCAUCUUGGUCGCAGUGAAGGUGAAAAUCCCUGUCAAAGAAUCGGAUACUGCCCGGAUCAAGCGAGUCGACUUCCUCGGUGCCAUUACGCUAGCUCUGACAUUGGUGUCUCUACUUCUGGGCCUAAACACCGGCGGAAACCAGGUACCCUGGACUCACCCAUUGGUCUUGGCAUCCCUGGUUAUGUCCGCUGUUUUCCUGGGUAUCUUCAUAUACGUCGAAGCCUAUGUUGCCACUGAGCCUGUCAUCCCAGUGCGCCUUCUCCUGAAUCGGACGGUCGCGGCUGCUUGUUUGACCAACUGGUUCACCACGAUGUCUGUGUUUGGACUUCUCUUCUACCUACCUGUUUACUUCCAGGUUCAGGGUCUUUCGGCCACUGCUGCUGGCGCUAGAUUGAUCCCCCAAGCCAUCGGUACCUCGAUUGGAUCUUUAGGAUCGGGUCUCAUCAUGCGUGCCAGCGGCCGCUAUAACCUACUCAACUAUAUUGCUAUGGCUAUCCAGGUUAUCUCGGCUGGAUUGAUCUGCACCAUGACUCUGUCUACUCCUAUCGGACUACCGUUUGUCUAUUUCUUCUUGGGUGGUGCAUCUUACGGCAGCAUGUUGACCAUCACAUUGGUGGCGCUCAUUUCCGCGGUGGAUCAUCAACACCAUGCCGUGGUGACCUCCGCCUCUUACGCUUUCCGAAGUACCGGAAGCACCAUUGGUAUUACUAUCGCCUCAGCCGUCUUCCAGAACACUCUCAAGCAGGGGCUUUGGUCUCGAUUUGGUGAUCACGAUCACGCAAAGGAGCUGAUUGGACGUCUUCGUGAUAGCUUGGAUGAGAUCUGGAAUCUUCCCGCAGACUGGAUUCCUGGUGUGUUGGACGCUUACAUGACUUCCUUACGGUCUGUAUUUUUGACCCUGUUGGGUCUCGUCGUGUUGGGGGCUUUAGCCAGUCUUGCUAUGAGAGAGCAUAAACUGCACAACAAUUUGGCUCGUCGGUAA